GGGCACGCGUCCCUCUGCGCACAAAAGCCCCUUGUUGCGUGGCGCGUUCUUAUUGGUCGACAGGGCCACAGGCAGCCGGUCGUACCAGAUGCCGACCCUCAGGUCCCUAUAUAAAUGCGGCGCUCGCUCUAGCUCACGAGAGCCGCAUUUUCUCGUACAUUUCAUUUCAAUUUCAAUUUCAGAGCUCUGAGCUCUCACUGAUACAGACGCGAGUCCACAUAGAGACGAGACACCGCCUCUGGUUUGGUUUGGUUUGGUUUGGUCUGGUCUUCAUCCAUAUGGUGUCCAAGAACCCGAACCCGGGAGAGGGGUUCUUCCUGGAUCCGAACGGAAUGGCGCUCCCCGGCCUCGGGCCUUUCGUGGCGGCGUCCACCACCGCCCCCCCGGCCGAGGAUCCGGCGAAGAAAGUCCGGAAACCCUACACCAUCACCAAAUCGAGGGAAAGCUGGACCGAGCCCGAGCACGACAAGUUCCUCGAAGCCCUUCAGCUCUUUGAUCGUGACUGGAAAAAGAUUGAAGCAUUUGUCGGGUCGAAGACAGUCAUACAGAUACGGAGUCAUGCUCAGAAAUACUUUCUAAAGGUGCAAAAGAAUGGCACAAAUGAACAUUUACCUCCUCCACGACCUAAAAGGAAGGCGGCCCAUCCAUAUCCUCAGAAAGCCUCGAAGAAUGCUCAAGUGCAUGUGCAAGCAUCGGGAUCAUUUCCUCCUUCAUCUGGCAUGCUCGAAUCUGGUUAUGUCCUACGGCCUGAUUCCUCUUCGAUUCUUAGGACUCCUAAUAGUCCUAAAUUAGCUUCUUUGGAAAACAACUCAAUGCCAACAAUCAACUUACCGCCUACAACGAAAGGUGCAAAUGUGGUUAAUAACAGCACUAGCAGUUCAGAGAGCACCCAAAGAACGCGGCCGGUUUGUGAGCCAACUGAGCAACCCCGUAACAAUCAUACGCUGAGGGUUCUACCUGAUUUUGCUCAGGUAUAUGAUUUCAUUGGCAGUGUCUUUGACCCAGAUGUCACUGGUCACCUGCAGAAACUGAAAAGGAUGGAUCCAAUCGAUGUCGAAACGGUUCUAUUGUUGAUGAGAAAUUUAUCCAUCAAUCUUACAAGCCCAGACUUUGAGGAUCAUAGGAAGUUGCUUUCGACCUACGAGACGGACUUUGAGAUAAACAACCAGGGGAAGGAAAGCAGGGCUUUUCAAGACUUCCAAUGCAAGAACGUCGUGUGAAUCUGGGAAUACGUGGCAGAAGAAGGCGUAUCCAAUUCUACGUGCCAGCAGCUGUUAUUUGCUACUUCAAUUUUGUCCGUGAACCAUGAGUUUUCAAUAUGUGGUCACGAUGUCAAGGCUCUGUAGAUUGUAAGCAGCGUUUGGGGUACGUUGUCGGGCCUUUGGCUGCAGAGUGCACAGUUCGUGAAUAAGUGUUAUAUUGUCUUUUAUAUGUGUAUGUAUACAUAUCCCAGGAGAAGGAAGGAAAAAAAGCAAGAAAAAAGAUCGAGGUCGAUUAAUAAGGUGGCUGUGUAUAGUUUAGUUUGAAGUUGGAGGCUACAAUUGGAAAUACUGGAGUUGAGGUCUUCUCUCUGUUUUAUGUACAGUUCUCUUCUUCAUCAUAAGAAAAGUUUUGACUCUCUCUAGCCUAGCAA